AUGGCACCCCUCGACGAUGUCCAGGUGGGCGACCUGGUCAACGUCCCUGGUGGCAUGUACGGGACGGUCAAAUACCUGGGAACUGUGGCGGGCAAACCAGGCAAGUUCGCCGGUAUUGAACUCGCCUCGGAGCAUGCCAGGAGGGGAAAGAACAACGGGGAUGUUGAAGGGAAGCGUUACUUCUCCACGUCCAUUCCCGGCUCCGGUAUCUUCGUGCCGAUGAACAACAACAAGUAUGUCACCAAACGUGCUUCCGCACUGGGCUCGAGCAUAAGUGCCGGCCCUCCCACCCCUUCGCGGCCCGUCAACUUCAGCAAGUCUAUCGGGCCUGGUACCUCGGUGCGCGCCCCGCGUGUGAGACGCCCGUCCCUCCCCCGGCCUGAAUCACCCAGAGGUCCGCCUUCGUCCAAGUUGAGCCUGGCGGGGCUACGAACCCCGUCCGUAGCAUCGAGAAACGCAUCGACAAAUGGCUUUCCGCGAAGUCCAGUCAAGGCUCCCUCUCGUGCUUCUGACCGACCGCCGUCGCGGUUGAGCACGGAAGACGAGCUCCCUUCGGCCCGCACAUCCGACUACCAUCAGUCAUCCGUGGCAGCAGAACUUCAGGAAGUACGGGAGCAGGUUCAGAGCCUGGAAAAGCAGCUGCUGGACCGCGAUCGCCAGCUGGAUGAACAGGCAGCCACCCUAUCGGAUUUCCAGCGGACCCUGGAAGAGUUAGAGGGAUCCGACUCCCUUUCGAUCCGAGCCCAGUUGCGCGAGAAGAAUGAGAAGAUCGCAGCGCUGACUGCGGAAUUCGACCUGCAUCGGGCAGAUUUUAGAAGCACGUUGGAUACUCUGGAGGUGGCUGCCUCGGAAACGGAACGAGUUUAUGAGCAACGCCUAGAAGAAUUGAUGCAACAAAAUAGAGAGCUGGAGGAGCGCGGCGAGGAUGUUGAAACCGUCGCAAGGCAGCUCAAACAACUCGAGGAGCUAGUCUCCGAGCUUGAAGAGGGUCUGGAGGACGCACGGCGCGGAGAAGCUGAAGCCAGGGCAGAGGUGGAGUUUCUGCGGGGAGAGGUCGAGCGAACGAAGCUGGAACUCCAAAAGGAACGUGACUCGAAGGAGUCUCCAGCCGGAACCGACGGACAGUACCACCUGAGAGAAUUAGAACAGAAGGACGACGAGAUCCGUGGCCUUAAGGCUAUCAUCCACUCGCUCAGCCGUGGUGACCCCGAUUUGCAUGCAAUCCAACAGAACAGCAUCGGCACAAGCCCACAGCCCGAUCAUCAACCCGACCACCAGCCAGAACAUGUCCCUCACCUCGAGCAACAAGCAGAGGAGUUUGAGCACAUUCCGGAACGGAAGAACUACCGCAUCGAAGAACUCGAACGCGAACUCCAGCAGAUGCAGAUCAACGGUGGUGGUCGCACGCGCAGCUCUACCGUUACCACCGCACCAACCCACCAAAAGUCCACCAGCACCAGUGGGUCAAAUCUCACUAAUGGGAAUGUGAUCAAUCAUGCACACCGUCUGUCGGAUCGCACGGUGGUUCCAAACGAUUGGCAUGACCAACCCCAGCAUGAAGGGCAAUACCAGGCCUACUCUGUACGCCACCGCGCCAUGUCAGAUGCUUCCCACCAUCGCCUAGAGACGAUGCACGAGUCAGAUGCUCGGUCGGAGGAUGGUGGCUCAUUAUGGUGUGAGAUUUGUGAGACAGGCGGUCAUGACAUCCUAAGCUGCACAAACAUGUUUGGUGCCGAGAACAAGGAGAAGACCCCUGAGCCUGAAGAGCCUCUUCACGAUGACAGCUCCCUAGACGAAAAGCCUACCCCUGAAACGUCUACGGCGGAGCCCUCCACAUCUUCAACUCCCGAGGAGAGCACAACGCCUCAGAAGACCGGACGUGAUGCCGUUCUGGAGGGUCUCAGGGGAGUAGGUUUGACAUCAUCCAUGGCGCCCGUUGCAGGGAAAGCGAGUGGUGUGAUUGACGAGUCUAAGUGGUGUGCUCUCUGUGAAAGAGAUGGCCACGAGAGUAUCGAUUGUCCAUUCGAUGACUGA